AAGUAGCAGAUCACAAAUUCGCACGUCGGGCACGUUUGCACCUGUUCGAGUUCCUGAGAGUAACUUGUUCUUUCCAACACUUUUGUUCUAAGAAUUUGCUCAACAGAUUGAAAUAUCCCUCAUGUUUCUGGUGCUGCGCAGCUUUGACUCAUUAACGUAUAUUCCUCAGAUAGGAGUCUGUGUGGACACCAAGUUGUCACCCAUCUCCGAUGUUUUCGUGGAUACAAUCAGCUUAAUCGUACGAUGUUGAGCUGACUCUAGUGGACGACUUUUUUUAAAGAGACUGAAUUGUAAUUUGCCUGUUAAAACAAAUGUUGAGGCAAAUACUUGCGGCAACAGGUGUUUUGAAGUGCCCACGAACAAGCAAAUCGAUGAAGUUAUAACGAGUGUAAACAUAUCAGGAAAGGACAUAUUGACAUCACGAACAAACUGACUGAAACGUCAGCGUUAGGUCUAAUAAUACCUCUGGUACUUCUCAAGACCACUUCCACCUUAAGAGUCACUUCGCACGGUGCAUCCGAAAAAAAACAACCUCUCCCUGGUUGAAGUCUGAGGGUUCAACCACUUGCAUCUGCAUCUGAGUGAUCUACAAGUUCAGAGAGAAUCCACCAUGGGUCUCAUGUCGUUCCUGAAGGCCCUGCUGGCCCGUUGCCUCUUCGCUAUCCACGGCAUCAUCACCAUUUGGCGCGUGACGGAGGUGCAUUCGGAGAUGAUCUACUAUCUUCUCGUCAUCCCGGUUUGUCUGCUGAUUUUAGAGAUGAUAAUUACGCUGAAAUUCACCGAAAACGGAGAGUGGAAAUGGUUUUGUCCUAGCGUUCUGCUGUAUCUAGCCAGCGUGGUGCCGGGCCUGUGGCUGCUGCAGUUCGAUUUGUACAACACUCGCAUCGCCUACCGCGACUCCAUGGGUUGGGAGGACUGCACGUCGGAGACCACCUACAAUUCAUCUGCUCUCAGCUCCAAUGUUGCAGGGCUUCAAGUGAGUGUCCCCGUGUCCUUGUCAGACGAUGUGUGGGCUCUAAGCCUGGAACAAUUCCUGCUUGCCCUCUUGAUCGUAGGAAGAUGGCUUCUCCCCAAGGGAUCGCUCACGCGUGACCAGCUGUCGCAGCUACUACUCGUCUACAUCGGCAUGGCGGCUGACAUCUUGGAGUUUUCCCUGGAGAGUCUCCAGGAGCAGGUUGUCAUCUGCAACCUUGUCCUGAUCAUCAUCAUCCUGGGCAUGUGGAACUGGAGCCUGCUGCAGUUCACGCUGGUGCUGACGUCAGUGUCCGCUCCCAGGACCCGGGCCGCUAAAGUCACCGGUGGGCGCUCCUGCAAGGGCUGCUGCCGGUGUUGCGAGAACGAGAUUUGGGCUCUAUGCACGACCAUCAUCAUGCAGGACGGUCCGUUCCUUGCUAUGCGUCUUUACUUACUCAUAAAAUUCAAUGUCAUCAAUCAGAUGAUGCUGUUCUUCACCAUCAAGAACAUCUUGGUUAUCCUGCUGCAGCUGUACCGCAUGGCUAUCGUGUGUUGCGAUAAGGCACCAGCAGUAGAACCAGAAAUAGAGGCGAUGGAAGCUGGGGAAAACAACGAAGACCACAUCAGCUCAUCACAGAAAUCGCUAGCCCCGCAGACCACUAAUUAAAGGGCUAUGUAUUUUUUUCGCGCAGUCCUUGUAAAUGCAGCUUUGUGUCCCAUUUUACCUUAUUCAAUUUUCAUUUUGGCAUUUUAAUUGCAUUUAUUUUUGUGCCUUUUGCGAUUUUAACGCUUAUCCGAAUUUGCAUAUUCAUGAGCAAAAGUGUGAUGUCAUUUCAGGCAAAACCUUAAUGUUACAAAUACUUUAGCGCCAAAUUUUGCCAGAAUUUGGGAUAGUUUGCUGUCGUUAAUUUUCUUUUCUUUGGUGAUUCAUUGUUGUUUCAGUAAAUGGCAGUGGGCCAAUGAGUAAAGUUUUCUCACUAAUGUUUUCAACGAUCAAAUUUAGGGUUCACAAUUAGAACAGGGAACCCCUAAACUGAACAGUGUCUUCCUCAUAGACAUAAUACAUGUACAUGUAAACGCAUGUCUGUGGUCUUCCUGAAAUGACAUCACAGCAACAGCGCCCUCAUUAGUCAGGAAAAGCAUGGACAAUUUGUACGAUUAACCAAAAGGGAUGCAUAGUUCAGUUUUCAUACAUUUAAGAGGAGAAGGAAGUUGCACGCCUAUGUUCCCAAGUAAACUUCAUGUCACACGCCCUUUAAGUUACGCGGCCUAGCACUAUAAGAGCAUCUUCACUUCUUGUGAUCCAGAAUGAUGGUUGUUGAUCAAGCAACUUUAUGACAAUAUCACUGACUUCAUUGUACAUGUUCAUUGUACAUGACUGUAUAUGCACCCAACUACAAGUGCUUCGAUCAUUUUCUUACAGCUUCAGGUCUUGGCAGCCGUUUCGCACUCUUCACCAUUACAACGGAGUUUGCCAAAAGAACCCACUGUACAUGUACAUGUACAGUCACUAGACAAACGUCGACUUUAUGAACGUACUCAUUCUGUCAUGGGAAAUACAUCCAUUAAGAAAGUGUGCGAACACCUGAUGCAACUGUAAAAUCUCCCAAUCCGUGGAAUGACACGCAAAGCACGCCAAACAUGUUUUGAAUAGGGAAAAUAGUAUUGAUGUGCAUCCAAAUUAAGUUGUUUCAUACUGGACUUUUGCUCACGACCCAAGUUCACAGUUGUUAUUUCCCCUCGGGGGGCUAGCUAAUUUUUGGAUUUAGAAAGUCUUGCCCGGCGUUGUUUACCAUAGAAUGCGUAGUACAUGUGUUCUCAGUUCGAAGGGCACAAGAUGGCUUGCAGGUAAACAUCUCAUGCACUUACAAAUUCACACGAUAGAGGGCGCUGUGUAUUGAUGGGAACCAACCUUAUGAUUUAUUACAUGUAAAAAAGGGACAUUACAAAUUACCUUGUUACAAAGAGGUACCUGGUAUUAUCAGUAAUGAAAAACAUAAGAAAAACAGGCUCUGGGCCUACAAUUUUCCUUGUUAUGAGCAGGAUGUUGUAUUAACAGUGCUUAUAAGUGUGCUUAAAGUUGAGAGAAUUUUACAUUUUAAGUUAGAUUAUUUCAUUAAGUGAGUUUUAAUUUCAACGUAGCUCGAAUCGUCCUGUCACUCGUGUGACUUAUCCGUCCACUUACAGGGAGGCAAUUCAGGUGUGGUGCCGUUACAGUAAGGCGAUUUCAAACGGCAGUCAAAUAAUAUAUUGGCACAACAACACUUUUACAGGCAUUAUUGCGUCAGUAGGAAGUCAUUACGCCGCUUUACGCGUGCCUCCCAUGAUUAAUUCGUGAGAGCAUAAUGUGCACACGUUCCCAUUUGCGACCAGUGGGCGUACCUAUGUGUAAACUUCUGGGGCACCUUUGGGUAAAAGCUAUUUUUCGGGGGGGGGGGGGCACUGAAGGCAAAUGAUAUAUGUUUUUAUUAAAUUCAAGAUUUUAAAUGGGGGGGGGGGGGACGUUCCCCCAGUAGACCCCCUCCCCAUAGUUAUGCUACUGUUUGCUAUACUAUACAGUAACAUGCACAUGGACAUGUAUUGCUUCUCAAGCUACAUGUUGCUUUAUAUUAUGUUUUAUUGAAUGUUUAAUAUUUUUGUGUAUGUUAAGAGAGUAAAACAAAAUGUUGUUUAAAUUUGAAGUGAUACAAUGACCAAAGAGUAGUUCUACAUAAUGUACAAAAAAAGCUUUGCCUGCCCAGCCCAAUUUGUUGCCACAAAGCCUCAAUGUUUUUAAGCCGCCCAAGCAAUUUCGAGCCACGCACUUUUGCAUGUCGGCUACAAUUGACACAAUCCAACUUGAACAUUACAUUCAUUUCAAUGGACCAUUAUCAUGUUGCAGCCAUUUGAUUUUUUUCCCCAUUCAAAUCAAUGUAAUCAAAGCGAGGCUGGAGGGGAAAAUAGUCUGGUUCCUUUUUGCACAAAAACAUUAUCAUUCAGUACUGAUAUUGGAUACAGGGAACAUGACUAAAAUGGUGGAAGCAUGAUAUAGGUCUAUUGACCAAUAGAAAUAACAACAUGACGUAACGCUUUGUUUACAUGUGCGCUUUCCUCUGAGAGUCAGAAUGGGACGCGUUACACCUGGCUCUCACGGGAAAGCGCACAUGUAAACAAAGCUAGACGUCAUUAUGUCUUAGGUCUGUUGAAUGUUUUGAUAAUUUUGGGUGCAAAAAAUAUGCAUUGUUAAUUGACGCACUUCAGAGCUUAUACAUUUGUAUAACGAAGACAAUUUGGUGUCUUUGAUCAUUUACUGAUGAUGAGCAUUCCACACUUACCAUCACUGUUGUACACCGACCUAACGGCGAUUUUAAAUGAUUGUGCGAAUCUUGUAUUUUUUUAUAUUGAGUUUUUUUUAACUAAGCUUUCGAGAUUUUUGUAUGUGUGGUGUUUAAAAAUAUAAUAACAAAUAAAUAAAUGGUGUAUUAUUUUACAAUGGAAUAAAAACACACUUUCAAAUUUCAAA